GGGAGCACUGCAUACCAAAUGUAAAAGUGGAAGCUCCUUAGUAUACAAAGGUGACAUGGACAGCUCACUGGAAAACACAGCUAUUUCUCUGUCAAGUUGUUCUUUAGAGUCAGAAUUUACUGCAACUGGAAGAGAGAACAGCAUCAGAUCUAGUGAUUUCCUAAAAGGUUUUAAAGACCGGGAUUGGUAUUUUGGCGAUGAGCAGGAUUCUUUUUGUGAUUCAAAUGGGCUAGAAAUAGAAGAAAAGUCCAUUAUUUGCUCUGAAACCGAUGCAAUUCAAAAUACAGCUAUAUACAUGGAAACAGGCCAUACAUUACCAUCUCAUUUGGCUGCAAAUACACAAGAAAAUAGCGACCAAAAUAUUGGCAGUGGCUUGUUAAAGAAAAUUGUGAGGGGAACUGAUGCUCAGGCAUGCAAUAGCCAAGGCUUAAUACCACCUCACAUCAGUCAAAUUUAUGAUGAAUUAUUUGUCAUACAUCAGAAACUCCAGAGAGAAAGUUCAGCACAGCAGGAGUAUGCUCUCCAACUCCAGAAACAAGAGCGUUGUCUAACAGAACGAGAAGCAUUGAUUUUUAAACAUGAAGCAGCUUUGGCUAAAAUAAGAGGUGUUGAAAAAGAAGUUCACACAAAAUUUGGAGCUAUAAAACAGCGACAUGAGGCAGAAGUUAAACAGCUGACAGAAGCCUUGAGAGAAAUAACUAAAGAAAAUAGGAGGCUGAAGUCGUCAUUUGACACCUUGAAGGAAAUGAAUGACUCUUUGAGGAAACAGUUAAGUGAUGUAACUGAGCUGAACAAGAAGUUGGAAGGUCAAGCACGAAAAGUACAAGCACGUUUAGAAAACCUACAGAGGAAGCAUGAAUUUUCAAUAGUACGGAAGUCUGACAAUAUAUGUCAAGUGAUGCAACAAAGCAAACCUGUGAAACAGGAAAAAGUGAUGGUAACAUCAAAAAUCGCUAAGCUACCAUUGAAUUCACAAGUUUAUGAGCUCUUAAGUUUUCUUAUGGAUUGGAUCUCAGACCAGCAUCUUAGCAAAAUAAAAACACAAGAAGAAAGAGAGGACAGUUAUAAACUUAUGGUUACCCAGAGCUCAGAUAAACUCUCUACUCGGCAAAAGUGUAUGAAGCUUUUGCCUAUAGCUACUGAGCAACUCCAGUGGAUGCCAUAUGUGAAUUCUAAACUGCACAUGCCUGUAAUUAAAUUUAUUUACUGGUCUAUAAGACAGCUAGACACUGAUAUACAGCAGGCAACAAUGAGAUCAACAAUGAGGAGACUGGGUGAAGAUAUUUUCAAAGGCAUAGUGAGCAAGGGAAACCCACAUGGUUCUUCUGAACAGUCUGUAGAGAGUAAAUCAAAAUCAGCAGCUUUUUUUAAGAGUUCCUAUAUGCCUUUGAGAUUUGUGUCAACUUUAAUUGUGCUUAAAACAGUGACACAAGUGGAUUACCUGGCUCAGGCAUUUGAUUCACUUCGCAUAGACUUGAAGACAGAUGAAGGGAAGGCCUUAUUUUUGGAAUACCAAUGUGUACCUGUUGUAUUAAGUCACUUAAAAGUAUCCAGUAGAGGUCUGCUUUCCAGUGCUCUUGAAGGAUUACUUCAGAUGACCACAGAAUCUGAUUCCUUACAACCUUUCCUGGAAGCGUGCAGUAAUGAACCCUUCUUCCAGACUUGUUCUGUAUUGCUUCGAAGUUCUAAGCUGGAUGUUCCAGUUUUGGAAAAGCUCUGUGUUAUACUGCAAAAACUCUCCAGAAUAAAAAGCAAUAAGAAGAUGUUUGAAUUGUUUGCUCUUCACCAAAUGAUUCAAGAGUUGCAUAGGACUACAAAUCCAGAUCACACCUUCCUCUUUAUAAACCUCAAUUCAAUUCUGCUGAAUUUGGGAUUGUUGAGGGGUAACUCUCUUGCCUCUAGUCUAAGCACAAGUCACUAGC